AUGGGUGCUUAUGCAUUCCUGAUGAUACAACAGUGCCAAGGGAUGUUGGAUGAAAUGGCAGGAAGAUUAACGCCAGAUGGUGAAGAGAUUCUCCGAUCAAUCACUACAAUAUUCAAAAAUGAUAUGAAAGAAUAUGGUAGAAUUGAUUUGCUUCGGUUUGCUUUCGGCUUUACACCGUUAGCAAGAAAGAUCAUCAGAGACAAGAAGGGUUUUGGAGGAAAGACAAGCUAUCCACCUAUAAUGCAGUUGAAAGAUGUGCAAGUCCCAACGAUUCCUUCCCUGAGGAUCAUCAAUCGCGAGAUCACAUUUGAGAAACUCGGCGAAAUCCUUGAAGAAGAACGAACAGAACGUGUUGAUGAGGUAGCCGAGCAUGAUGAAGAGAUCCAGCAAGCAGAAGAGGAACAAAUGCUUAACGACGAUCAUGCAGCCGAAACAAAUGCCGAUGGUUCGAGGAAUUCCUUGGUCUGGGAUGUUGUAGAUGAAGAGAUAAAAGAUCUAUACACAUUCAUGAUAACAAUCCUCAGACAAAGAGCAAUUGCCGAAUCAACAGUUGAUCCAACGAUCAAUAAAGACGAUAGAGCAAGGAAUUGA